AUGUUCGGUCUUUGGUAUGUGGUCCGGGUUCUGUUAGUUUUGAAGCCUUGGUGCUCUGCCUUUUGUGCAAUGAAGCUGAUAGAUUUUAUAAAAUUACAGAACGCUGGUAUCUGUUGCUUAUGCACAGAGUCUUUAAAGUCGGAGAACGCGACACCCUCUUGUUGCGAACAUAGCUUUCAUGUCGACUGCCUUAAAAAAUGGACGGAGGAACACAAAUCAGAGAGCCAUUGUAGAUGUCCCAUCGUAACUUGUGGUCGCAUUUAUACAGCCAUAAGCGUUCGAGGCUCUAUUGGUGGGCCAAUACGAGAGAACAUUUCACUUGCUGUUGACAAUCAGUGUCCCAUUUGUUGUGAAGAAAUCCAGCCGCCUGUAGCGAUUCCGGAGUCUUGUAACCACCAAUUUUGCGUCACCUGCCUAAGUGAAUGGGCUAAGGUUCGGCAUGAGUGUCCCCUUGAUCGUGGCCCCUUUGAACUGAUGCUCCUAUCUUCAUACAUUGGUGGACCGAUCGUUGAGCGGCGGCCCCCUCCACCCGCUUUCGUGCCACCACCGGAGGAGGAGGAUACCACCGAAUGUGAAAUUUGCCAUUCACCAGAAGAUGAGGCGUACCUGCUUCUGUGUGAUGGCUGUGACAAAGGAUAUCACACGUACUGCUUGCCCAAUCCCCUUUCUGAAAUCCCAGAAGGAGACUGGUUCUGCCCCGAUUGUGAAUGCGAACGCGUUCAAACGCAGCAAGGGGCGAAUUCAGUAGCUACCAUACACCCUCGGCGCAGUGGACGCCGAUUACGAUUCCGCCAUUCACUUGCCGACCUCUCGGCAGAGGAGAUCAGUAGUUUGGAAGAGUCUGAAGGCGGUGAGGAGGAGGAGGAUGUGGAGGGCUUGGGCUCCUGUUUGUACCUCUCCACCCAGUCUCAGGAGCGUCUUGCUCACAUCGCGGAACGACGUCAUCGGGGCACGGGUCUGUUGCGUGAUCUCAUCGAACACCUCUCAGUCAGAGCUGAGAGGGAACAACAAGAGAGACGUCGCAAUCGGAGACUGCGUCAGAGGCGACGUGUCCGUUUGGCGAUAUCCUUCAGUGAACCAUCACUUUCGGCACAAAAUGUCACUUCAUCGCCUUCAGGCGCUGCGGCCACCACCAGCACCAGCGAAGGGAACUCAUGCAUAAUUCGUAAACGCCGCAGAGUUGUGGGCUUUUCCUCGUCGGAUUCUGAGGAAGAGGAAGAGACUUCAUCUCCCGCGUCACCACCGCUUACUCGAAGGCAAGAGGGCCCCUUUUCCCCAUCACCCUCCUCCUCCCACCAGCGAUUACAAUCAACACCUGUGCGUGACCUCCACGAUUCUUCGCAUCACAAUUUGCCAUCUACGUCCACUGAAUCAGGUGUCGUGGUGCCUGGUAACAGUCGGGCUGAUGACAGCAGUCGCGAUAUCUUCGCCUCAUUCACAACCGAUCCGAAUCUCAGCACCAUUGUGGAAGAGAUUCACGAAAUCGCGUCGAGGAAGAAGGAGAAACGGUCCAGUUGUGGUUCCAGUAAGACUGCAAAGAGAAGGAGGAAAAAACAGAACGCCAAACAUCAACUAAAGACAGUUGAUAGAAGCUUCGUUUUAAGAGCACGUGGGAGUGUCCAAAGGAGCCGGGUUUCGGUCAAGCGAAGGACUCAAAUAAAUAGGAGGAAGAAGGGGAGGCGCCUGCGUCUCAGCGCAUCUCAGAAGAGGAAUCAGAGCUCUCUGACUGGUUUGAUCCCUCCUUCUACAAGUACUCAUUCUGGGCGCAAGGCGCGUCGCAGUAAUCGAAAACUACCCAUUCCGAAGCUUUCAAUAUUGGGAAGCGAACUAGAUUGCGGAUUGGUUUUCGAAUCAGAAGAUGAUGGUAACAAGGAACGACCAACUCCAACUUCUUCCAGUAAUAAAGGCAUCACCACCCCUUCUACUUCCUCUGCUUCGGUGGGCCUUUUGAGUCGUCUCGAGGCCGACCAAUCCUCUCUAUUUCAAUUUCGCAUUUCAAAUAUGCACGUGAAUCCGGAUAAUUCUCUCUCUCCGAUUAAAAUUGCACCCCCACUCCAGCCUAAGCGUAGCGAGGCUGCGUCGAGGGUAAUCCCAGAGCAGGUUUCGCCUCCGGUCCGCCUCGUUACGAAUAUUAAUAGGAUGCAGGCUACCACGUCUUCGGGGCUUCAAUCCUCGAAGCCUAGCAAGUCAUUGGCUCUACCGGAGGAGGUAUCAGCCAAGUCCUCCACAUCUACUUUGUCCUUCCCCUCAACGUGGACCUCGGAGGGGGCUCUGCGUGUCCGCAGUUUACUAGUAGCACAUCUACUUCGGACUCAUCCCUCCCUGACUGAUAAGGCUACCAAGAUGCGCCUCAUUCAAAGGGCUCUCUCCAAGAUCCUCUCGAAAAAACCGAAUCGUGUGACGGAGGAAAAAAUGAGGAAGUUAGUUGACGACUACGUGGAAUUUUACCGUCGCUAUCCUCUAUAG